AGUGAUAAGUUAACAGGUUCAGCUAAUCAGUUUACUCCGAGAUAUGCAACGGGUAGAUUCCUUGUGCCUAUUGAACACUUAAAAGCUUAGCAAUAAAAAUUCGGACAGUAGACAGUCCGACUAGUGUGAAGUGAUUACAAAUUAAAAACGAUAUUAUAAUGUGUCGGUUAGCAGCGAAAUAUAUUUUGUUCACAGUUAAUUUAUUAUUAACGCUCUUAGGCCUCUUUCUUGUAGGCGUGGGAGUAUAUAUAGCAAUCCAGUACAAAAACCUACUCGAUGAUGUACUUGGCAUACAACUCAACCAAGAUUACGCGCCAACUGGUCUCAUUGCUUUAGGUGUAGUCGUGUUUAUUAUUUCCUUAUUCGGAUGUUGUGGAGCCAUCUCAGAGUCAAAAAGCACGCUUAAAUUUUAUGCUGGAAUUAUGGGUGUGUUAGCUGUCGCAAAGAUAGCUUUCACAAUAUUCCUGUUUGUGAAAAUGUCCGAUUUAAAAGAUAAUGUACAAAGAACUAUAGAUCAAAACUUUAACGACCCAGCUCAAAAUAUAGCCUUCCAUGCCCUUGAGGCUAGUUUUAAAUGUUGCGGCACAACAGGUCCAGAUGCUUAUAGUAUCAACUACAAUAAUUUGACAGCACCAACGUGCUGCGAAAAAUUCAACAAAGACCCUACGACUACUGACGAUGCGAAUAGAAUCUGCACUAUAAAUGAAGCUUAUCCAGUAGGCUGCAGUCGACUCAUUGCGACCACCGUUUACAAUUUCUUAAGAACAAUUGCUUUUGUCUUGAUAGGAUUUAUAGUUUUUGAGUUGAUGGCGAUGUUGUUGGCACUUUAUGUCGCCGCUACGGUGCCACUGCCGGUCGUGAAUGCCCCUACUACAUAUUACUAUUACUAAGGUUUAUGUUUAUCUAACUGAUGGAUAAUUUACCUUCUACAGAAUGUGCAAAGAAGUGCGUCAGUUAUACUUAGGUACUAACAAGGACGUUGAAAAAAAAGUGGACCUGGCACCUGGCUACUAUAGACUUACACGCAGAACAUACAUACACACAUUACAGUUUGUUUCCUUUACCCUGAAUUUGGGUAAAUGCUUUGUAGUACCUAGGUAAUAGAUUUUCCGUUGCAAAUAAUGUAUGGAAGAAUUAUUGGAUACAAAUAAAAAGAAAAUAAUGUAUAAAAAACAAUUUUGUAAGGACUGAUAGUUGCAAAUUGUCCUGAUAAAAAUUAACCUAUUAAUAAGAUUACUUAUAUUAAUCAACGUUUUAAUGGUAGGGUGGAUUCUUGCUUAUUUUUAAAAAUAAAUAAUCAAGAG